CUCGGCUUUCUUUUGUCCUCUCCUUCCAUCCCAUAUCUUGAUUCCUCCCCGUCUCCUUGACACGCUCGAUUGGUUGCCCAUCAUGGAUGAUCUUUUCGAUGUCUUCGAGGACCAGCCGCAGUCAGUGUCCACUCCAAACACCGACAAUCGACCUCCCCGGCCAGAGCGAAAUCGGAAGCGACAGGCCAAUGGACAAGUCAAAGAUACUCCAAUGGAAGAUAGCAACGCUCCUUCUGAAGAUGCAAGCUCGUUGAACUCCGAUCGUGCCAGCGUUGAGGCCGCCAACGAUCAUGCCCAAGACGCUAAGCGACAGCGCAUCAAUGAGGAAGCUGAGCCUGUGGUGACGGAUACAUUCGAAACCGAGCAGUCAAGAGAAGUGGCCGCUUCUGCAGGGCUUCAAGCAUCAAAAGAUGAAGAGAAGGUCGUUCUCUCCCAUCAAGUCCGCCACCAAGUCGCUCUUCCCCCCGACUAUGCCUACAAGCCCAUCUCAGAACACGUUUCUCCCGCAGAACCAGCGAGGAAAUGGCCUUUCCAGCUCGAUCCGUUCCAACAGGUCUCGAUUGCUUCUAUUGAGAGAAACGAAAGUGUCUUGGUAUCAGCACACACCAGUGCAGGCAAGACGGUCGUUGCCGAGUACGCCAUUGCACAGUGUUUGAAGAACAACCAACGAGUCAUCUACACAAGUCCAAUUAAGGCACUCAGUAAUCAAAAGUACAGAGAGUUUCAAGCCGAAUUCGGCGAUGUCGGCUUGAUGACUGGCGAUGUGACCAUCAAUCCCACUGCCACAUGUCUUGUGAUGACAACUGAAAUUCUGCGGUCUAUGCUGUACCGGGGGUCAGAGAUUAUGCGCGAAGUCGGUUGGGUGGUCUUCGACGAGAUUCACUAUUUGCGAGACAAGACGCGUGGUGUUGUAUGGGAGGAAACCAUCAUUCUUCUUCCUGAUAAAGUUCGCUAUGUGUUUUUAUCAGCAACCAUCCCCAAUGCUAUGCAGUUUGCGGAAUGGAUCACCAAGACUCACAAUCAGCCUUGUCACGUCGUCUACACCGAUUUCCGACCGACGCCUCUUCAGCACUACUUCUUCCCAGCCGGCGCUGAUGGUAUCCAUCUGAUCGUGGACGAAAAGGGAGUGUUCCGGGAAGACAACUUUCAGAAAGCGAUGAGCUCCAUUGCCGACAAACAAGGCGACGAUCCUGCUAAUGCCAUGGCUCGUCGCAAAGGGAAAGGCAAGGACAAGAAGUUGAAUAAGGGUGGCACUAAGGGUCCGUCCGACAUUUACAAGAUUGUUCGCAUGAUCAUGACCAAAAACUACAAUCCGGUCAUCGUCUUCAGCUUCAGCAAGCGAGAUUGCGAAGCAUAUGCAAUCCAAAUGAGUUCCAUGUCCUUCAACGAGGAGUCGGAAAAGGCUAUGGUGGCUAAGGUGUUUGACAGUGCUCUGGAGAUGUUGUCCCCAGAAGACAAAACCCUUCCCCAAAUCCAACAUCUACUGCCCCUCUUGAAGCGAGGAAUUGGCAUUCAUCACUCUGGUCUUCUCCCCAUCCUCAAAGAGACCAUCGAAAUCCUGUUCCAAGAAGGCUUGAUCAAGGUGCUCUUUGCGACCGAGACCUUUUCUAUUGGUCUCAAUAUGCCCGCAAAGACAGUGGUCUUCACCAGUGUCCGCAAAUUUGACGGUAUCUCUCAACGAUGGGUGACUCCCUCUGAAUUUAUCCAGAUGUCUGGACGAGCCGGGCGUCGUGGCCUCGAUGAACGUGGUAUUGUCAUCAUGAUGAUCAAUGAACAGAUGGAACCUGGCGUUGCCAAAGACAUUGUCCGUGGCGAGCAGGACAAGUUGAACUCGGCAUUCUACCUUGGCUACAACAUGAUUCUCAACCUACUCCGAGUGGAGGGCAUUUCCCCCGAGUUUAUGCUCGAGCGGUGCUUCCACCAAUUCCAACACACCGCGAGCGUCUCCGGACUCGAACGAGAACUCCAACUUCUCGAGGCUGAAAAGAGCUCUAUGAUAAUCGAUGAUGAGAGCGCCAUCAAAACAUACUACGAUCUUCGCAAACAACUGGAUAUAUCCGCCGAGGACAUGAGAAACGUCAUCAUUCACCCGAAUUACUCCCUCCCUUUCAUGCAACCCGGUCGAUUGGUCGAAAUCAAAGAUGGUGACCACAAUUUCGGAUGGGGUGCAGUUAUUAGCUUCACUCGAAGAAAUUCCCCCAACUCGACCACAAAACUGACGCCGCAGGAAGAGUGGAUUUUGGACAUUGCCUUGGAAUGUGCAGAGGGGCCUACCCCCGGCACCAAAACCUUCCAGUCACUCCCACCCGGUGUACGCCCGCCGUUGCCUGGAGAGGCGUCCAAGAUUGAAGUGGUUCCUGUUCUUUUGAAAUGCGUCCAGAAGAUCUCCCACAUCCGAAUCUUCCCGCCAAAUGGCAUGACCAGUCACUCGGAGAAGAAAAAGAUUCAACAAGCCUUGAACGAGGUUCAACGACGUUUCCCCGACGGUCUCGCAGUGUUAGACCCGGUAGAGAACCUCAAGAUCACGGACAAAUCGUUCAAAGAGCUCCUGAGAAAGAUUGAGAUUAUGGAGUCAAGGCUGAUCGCAAAUCCACUGCACAAUUCGCCUCGCCUCGAAGGCCUGUACAAUCAAUAUGCGGAAAAGGUGAUUGUUUCAAACAAGAUCCGUGCGCUAAAGAAGCAAAUUCAAGAUGCGCAUGCAAUUAUGCAAUUGGACGAACUCAAGUGCCGCAAGCGAGUCCUUCGUCGACUGCGAUUCAUCAAUGAGGAUGAAGUGGUGCAGCUGAAGGCACGAGUUGCAUGUGCCAUCAGCACGGGAGAUGAGCUGAUGCUGAGCGAGCUAUUGUUUGACCGAUUCUUUAACGACAUGAGCCCGGAGCAAUGUGCAGCUGUGAUGAGCUGUUUUGUGUUUGAAGAGAAAGUACGCGAAGACCCUGUGCUGCCCGAGGAAUCAGCACGCCUUGUACGGGUGAUUCAAAACCAGGCGAGAGCAAUUGCCAAGGUCUCGAUUGAGUCUAAGCUGGCAGUUAACGAGGACGAGUAUGUGCAGAGCUUUAGGUGGCAAUUAAUGCCGGUUAUUCUGGCUUGGGCUAAUGGAAAGUCAUUCGGGGAGAUUUGGUAUGUUGACGAUCUAUGCGGCCUGCGUGAGCUAACAUGGCACAGCAAAAUGACGGACGUGUACGAAGGCAGCUUGAUCCGAGUUUUCCGUCGACUGGAAGAAGCACUCCGUCAAAUGGCAGAGGCUUCCAAGGUGAUGGGAAGUGACGACCUGGAAAAGAAAUUCGAGGAGGCAUUGACCAAGGUAAGAAGGGACAUUGUGGCUGCUCAGUCACUCUAUCUUUAGAGCGCCCGUCAGUGUCUUGUAGUGCUUCUGGUGGGAGGUUUUGUUUCAACAGCAUCAGCGAUGGUAACAGGAGGUUCCUUUCUGUUGCAUGAUAUGAUACCCAUGAAUACGUCUCGAGGCCUGUCGUAUGUUGAUGAAUCUACCAAGGUAUGAGGUAUUACGACGGCCUUGUCUUGCUUUGCUUUCCGACGACCAUGUCACGAUGCGAACUCUAGUCUGCUCAAAGGGCGGGUUUCAGGCACCGCGCCACCUGAUUCAGGUGUGCUCAAGUUUCGGUUGGACUAGAACGCCAACACGACCUUACGACCUUCUUCUCGUAUGCUGGCAGCGGCAGAAAGCUGCGAUAGUUCAAUUGAAACGCGUUUGCUUUCCCUGGUUUCUCUUUGGCCCUUGGGUGGC